AACGCACUGUAAUGUUACUGAAUGAAAGUAGUAACUAAAAAUACAAACCAUACUGUAAGUAAAGGCAAGGCAGGAGAAACACGGCAAACAUAGACCUAGGCAUGAGAAACAAAAAAGGCUCCGACACUCUCCAUUUUAACUUUCAGCGGUUCUCUUCAUCACCAAGACAGCGAACAUCAAGAAAUGACUAGGUACCACAAAGCGGCGAUCGAUGGCUACUUGGACCUGUUGAAGCAGGCCACAAGGAAGGACCUGAAUACUGCGGAUGAGGAUGGCAUGACUCCUACCUUAUUGGCUGCUUUCCACGGGCAUGUCGAUGCUCUUCAGCUUAUAUGCAGCAGAGAAGGAGACCCCAACAGGAGUGACAUCUGGGGAAAUACACCGCUUCAUCAUGCUGCAGCUAAUGGCCACAUGCACAUCCUCAGCUUUCUGGUCAGCUUCGGUGCCAACCUUUUUGCACUGGACAAUGACUUACACACAGCCAUGGAUGUCGCUGCUUCACGUGACAAUAUGAACUGUGUGCGCUUCCUAGAUGCUGCUGCCUCGAAGCAGACCAUGCAAAAUCCAAAGAAGGUUGCCAAUCUAAAAAAGGAAGCCAUCAAAGAAGCAGAAAAACGUGUGAAACUCUGUGAGAAGGUGAAGAAGAAACACCAGAACAAGAUGGACAAAAUGUACCGUGGAGCAGGCAGUACUGGCUCUGUUUCAGAGGCAAGCAUGGCAUCAUCGCUCUCAAACGAUGGUUCCAUGACAGGCACCACUGAGCAGUUUUCUAAACUUAUUGCUGCUGAUAAAUCUGGGUCCCUUACAGCCAGGGUUAAAGGCACACUCCAGAAAAAGCUUGGGAAGAAAGAUAAAGGUAUGCUGCAGACACCAGGAGGAGAUGGAAAUGUUAUUUUCCUCAAACAGGAGAAUGAAACCUCUGAGAAGCUGGAGUUUCUGGAUGUCUUCAAUGAGCAGGAUGAGAUGUUAGAUGAAGAAGGAACGGCAGGCUUUGAAGGGGAUGAUAAUGAAGAGCCAGGACAAGUCAAACAGUCUAUCUUCAACCGGCCAGGUCUUGGUGGUCUGAUUUUCAUGAAGAGGAUGGGCCUCGAGUCGGAGGAUGUCCCCAGAGGGACCAAUGAAAGUCUGGGCUACCUCAUCCAGAAUGAGUUGUUUGAGGCAGAGGAAAAUGCUGGUGGCUUUGAAGGGACUGCUGAUGCUGACCUGCCCUGGCAAGAGGAAGAUCUGGGCCUGGAUGAUGAUGAAGAUGAGGAAACCUCUCCUUUGAAUGCAUUCCUGUCUGCCAUCUCCUUGCCAGAGUUUGCACUUGCAUUCAGCAGAGAGCACCUGGACUUGGAGGCACUCAUGCUUUGCUCUGAUGAAGACCUGAAAGGCAUUCACAUCCAGCUAGGACCCAGGAAGAAGAUUCUGGAAGCCGCUGCCCGCAGGAAGAAUACACUGGAGACUCCUGGCAUCAUGAAGGACACUUGCAUGUGA